AUGGAACAGCAAAAAUAUUCCACCCGCGCAAUAAGUGUCUGGGUUGUGGUGAGUGAAAUCGAACUCGAUCCCUUACUCCCAGUUUCCGAGGCUGUUCUGUAUACAAGCACAGCAGCCAGUAGCGUGGCGUUGGCCCGUACUGCUGUUAACUUCCUGCGCAGUUCACAGGCCUCACCAACUUUGCGGAUCGGCAUUAUUUUCAAUCCACGGAACCUUUCUUUGCUUGCAUCCACGUCUAAUCUUACAUCUGAUGUUUUUACUCUCACUCGGGCUCUCUAUCUGGCGGGUGAACCAGCUCUGCCCAUCCCCAUUACUGAUUCAGCCUCUCCUGGAGUUAGUGCCACUUACCACUUAGACCAUAUGACAGCGCGCAAUUUGGCCAACAAACUUCUAAAAGAGGCUGGCGAAAGGAUAACAGCCAUCAAUCAGACUCGAGGUUUAGUGGGCAGAUCAAUAAAAGAACUAGCAGUUGGGGUAGGUUUCAUUGUAAUUUUUUCUGAAGACAAAUAA